CUGUGAAAAAACAGUCUGGCGCCCCUCGAUCCGUUCGGCGGGCCCUGUUGCCAUGCCCUGCCCGUUGUGCGCCCAUUAUGGGGUGGGCGGGAGGCAGUGUGUUGCCCCUCUUGGCGCCAGGGCAACACAGUCACAGGGACAGGGCAGUGGUGUUUAUGGGCGGGCGCCGCUCGAGCCCCACCACGGACCGACGCACGCAACGAGCGGCCGGGCUGGCGCGAACGAGAAGGCCCCCCCGGACGGGCGAACCCUCCCCGCCGCCACUACGCCGGCGCCCGCCGCGACGGGCGGCAGUGGCCCCCCUAAGGCCCAGGCCCAGGCCCCGGGCACUUCGAAACGCUGAUAAUCGCAAUCGGCCUGUGUGCCGUCGCGGCAGGCGCGGGGCGGCGCGAGUAGGCGCAGCUAUUUUUUAUCGAUUUGCGUUUGGCUUUUGCCUUUCGCGGCGGUCUGCGAACAAACUAG